UGAAGUUUUUCUUGGUGAGGCGGGGUGCAGGGGUGAGGUAUUAUAUAUAUAAAAAAAGCCGCGCUCAGAUUCAACCCAGUUCCAUAUUUUACUUCGAACAACCACUGACUGGUGCAACGCAGAUACUCUCCUAAUUAUCAAUGAUGUGGUUCGUCCGCUGUCUUCUCACCUGUGCCCUGGUGUUUCGUGCUGUGGCAGCUCAAACUACCGCAUCUUCAAGUCUCACCCCCAGCGCCGUGCGGUGCCAAUCAAACCCGUGCCUCAAUGGAGCAACCUGCGAAGAUUUAGACUGGAUUUUCGCAGGAUUCUACUGGUGCAAUUGUCCCUCAGAUUGGUACGGACAAUAUUGCGAAAAUCCCGUUUCCACGACAUCUCCCGUUUCCACGACAUCUCCCGGAUCUGCAUGCGUAUCGAGCCCGUGCCAAAACGGCGGAACCUGCAUUGCGGAGUGGACGUUCGGGUGGAACCCUCCACGCCCCUACUGGUGCUACUGCAGCAUGUUCUGGUCUGGCCCGGAUUGUGAAUAUUGGUCUCCGUGGUCAACUGUCGCUGCUACAACAACUCCCGCUGCUACUACAACUGCCGCUGCUACAACAACUCCUGCUCCUACGACAACUCCUGCUCCUACGACAACUCCAGCUCCUACGACAACUCCUGCUGCUACAACAACUCCUGCUCCUACGACAACUCCUGGUGAGAUCUUGCAAUACAUCGCGUGUAGAUGCAGAUGA